CCCAAAUUUCUCUCUAGAGAAGAGAAGGAUUGAAGCGCUAACCAGAGAAGAGCGACCCUCCCGGACGAUAUCGGAGCCGAGGUUGUGAAGCGGAGUUGAUUUCAUUCGGUUAAAGUUUGAUAAGGGAUUAGAAAAGGGAUUAAAAGAUGAAGAAGAACAAAAAUUUCCGAAAAAGAGAUAGAGCAGUAGAAGAAGAUGAACAAACAGGAGUUGCAGAAGACGGUAAUGAAAUGCGAUUAGCUUUAGAAGAGAUCAAAUUCCUUCAGAAACUGAGGGAAAAGAAGUCCGGAGUCCCAGCAAUUGUUAAAACAGGGCAGGCCGCUGCAGCUAGUGGAAACAACAAUGCUGGUGGGUUGGUUUCCAAAGGUGGUGAUAAAGGUGAAGGGGAUGGAGAAAAAGACGACUUGGUUUUACAGGAUACCUUUGCUCAGGAGACUGCUGUCAUGGAUGAAGAUCCACAUAUGUUAAGAUAUGUUGAGCAAGAGUUGGCUAAGAAAAAGGGGAAGAAUAUUGAUGAGGCAAAUCAAGUUGAGAAUGAUAUAAAACAUGCGGAGGAUGAGUUAUACAAAAUUCCAGAGCAUCUUAAGGUCAAACGACGGAACUCGGAGGAAAGCUCUACUCAAUGGACGACUGGAAUUGCUGAAAUCCAGCUUCCCAUCGAAUUUAAGCUGAAAAAUAUAGAGGAAACAGAGGCUGCCAAAAAGCUCCUGCAGGAGAAGAGGCUUAUGGGCCGAGCUAAAACCGACUCUACCAUACCUUCAAGCUACAGCGCGGACUAUUUCCAACGUGGCAAGGACUAUGCGGAAAAACUCAGGAGGGAUCAUCCUGAGCUUUACAAGGACAAAGGGGCAAACAGCAACGGAGAAUCCAGAGCCAGUGAUACUGCUGCAGUAGAUGGAGGAGGAGGUGGCGGUGGUGGUGGUGGUGGAGGUGGAAGACAAGCGGCAACAGAUGAAUUCAUGCUUGAGCGGUUCAGAAAAAGAGAACGACAUCGUGUAACCAGGAGAUGACAAACGAGUUUCAGGUGUCUUGUACGUUUUACAUCCUUGAUAGACACCUCAUAGUUAUUUAUAGGUGUUGUCAUUCGGUUAGAUCCAGAAUUGGCUUUUAGGAUCUCAUGUUUUUGGCAUAUUUUCAUAAAUUUGUGGCUUUAGUUUACAAUGUAUACAUUCGUGUGGUUAUUUACACAACUUUGUUUAGCU